GCCCAAAAGAAAAAGAAGACUACUGGAGCUCUGUACUGAUGAGUGAUGAUACCAAGAUACGUGUUUUUGGAACUGAUGGCAUCAAAACUGUAUGGUGUUGCAAAGGUGAGGAGUACAAAGAAAAAUGCAUGGUGCCUACAGUGAAAUAUGGUGGUGGCAGUGCCCUUCUUUAGUGAUGCUGGUGUCGGGGAACUGCAUUUCAUAUCAUGAAUUUGCAGAUGUACUGCUCUAUAUUGAGAGAGAAGUUUUCCAACAUGACAAUAAUCCUAAACACACAUCUAAGGCCACUGUUGCAUUUCUG